GCCGUGACACUAGCCUUUUCCGUAUUUUUACAUGUAACAAAAACCUGCGUCAUGGUCUUGCCAACCGCCUAAGCAAAAUCAGUUCGCUUUAUUUUAUUUUUUUUCCAAAUUUCUUUUAUUUGCAAAAUAUUCACAAAAUAAAAUUUUAUUUUCCGUGGAAAUUUUGUUCAUAGUAUCUGAUUCUGCGGGAAAGUUUUGGCUACCAGGUAUCACCGCCUUCAACGAUUUCUCCACCUGCCCAGCAGAUGGUAGACCUAUGUUGUCCACUGUUAUAGAAGAUCAAUUGAACACUGUUGAAAAGUGAUUGAAAGCAAGCAUUUGGGAGCAUAGAAUUUGCUUCAGUGACAUUAUUAAUAUUUUCCUGAAGUAGCACUUCUCCUUUUAUCAAGCCGGCUAUACAUAUUGACUUGUUAAAUAGCAUCGUUGUAUGGUCCUGCUCCAUGGGAUGGAGGGGAGCUUUUUGUUCUUUGUUUUUCGUUUUCACUCUGGUAGAAUCCACAAGUAGUUCAGGGAAACUUUGGACAUUAAAUCUGGGUGCAGAUUCUCUUGCAAAUAUAGGCUGGCCAAUCUUCAGUGCUAGCAUAUUCGUGCUUGUUGCUCUUGCCCUGUCCACAUACCUUAUCUUUCAGCAUUUAGCUGCUUACAAUCAGCCUGAGGAGCAAAAGUUUCUUAUUGGACUCAUUCUGAUGGUUCCUGUCUAUUCUCUCGAAUCGUUUUUAUCGUUGUUGGAUUCAAGUGCUGCGUUCAACUGUGAAGCAAUUAGGGACUGCUAUGAAGCUUUUGCAAUGUAUUGCUUUGAGAGAUAUCUGAUAGCCUGCUUAGGUGGUGAGGAAAAUACGAUUCAGUUCAUGGAAAGUAAGACCCUAAUCACUUCUAGUAUACCUCUUUUGGAGGAGUCGUAUGCAUAUGGAGUUGUAGAGCAUCCCUUUCCACUGAAUUGCUUUCUGAGGGAUUGGCAACUUGGUCCUGACUUCUAUCAUGCUGUGAAAGUGGGCAUUGUGCAAUAUAUGAUAUUAAAGUUGAUCUGUGCACUCUUAGCAAUGGUUCUUGAGGCUUUUAGGGUUUAUGGAGAAGGCAAAUUUGAGUGGAGAUAUGGCUAUCCGUACUUGGCAGUUGUUCUUAAUUUCAGCCAAAGCUGGGCCCUGUAUUGCCUUGUGCAGUUUUAUUCUGUCAUUAAAGACAAGUUAGCACCUAUUAAACCACUGGCCAAGUUUCUGACAUUCAAAUCAAUUGUUUUCCUGACAUGGUGGCAAGGUGUUGCUGUUGCAUUUCUUUUCUCCAUGGGAGCCUUCAGAGGAUCUUUAGCUCAGGAGCUGAGAACACGUAUACAAGACUACAUCAUCUGUAUAGAGAUGGGUAUUGCAGCUGUAGUGCAUCUUCAUGUCUUCCCUGCUGUCCCGUACAAGCGUGGAGAGAGAUGCGUUCGUAAUGUAGCUGUGAUGACUGACUAUGCAUCUAUAGGAUCACCUCCGGACCCAGAAGAGGUCCAAGAUUGUGAAAGAUACAGCAGGUUACACCUAGCUUGGCAUGAUGAUAGAGAAAAGCGAUUGAAUUUGCCCGAGAGUGUUUGUGACGUCGUCCUUGGUAGUGGUGAAAUUAUUGUUGAUGACAUGAAGUAUACAGUUUCACAUGUUGUGGAGCCAGUUGAAAGGGGAAUUGCGAAAAUAAAUAGGACCUUCCAUCAGAUUUCUGAAAAUGUGAAACGCCAUGAGGAGGAGCGAAAGAGGAGCUCUAAGGAUGACAAUCAUCUUGUCCCCUUGAAUUCGUGGACGAAGGAAUUUUCUGAAGCUCAUGAUAACCUCCUGGAAGGCAGUGUCAGUGACAGUGGUCUGUCUAAUAGCAAGAGACCCCCCUAUCAAUCUAAAGCCACUGCAUCAAGGGCACGUACUGAUAGAUUACGUAAGGUGAUGCAAUAUAUGAAGGUGGGGUAACAAAUCAAAUGGCAUUUUUGAAUUCAUCAUCGCCUUGAGCAAACAUCAAUGAGUCCUAGUAAAAUCCACAUUUCUUGGUUCUCUUUACUUGUACUUUCACACAUGAUGUUUUGUUUCAAGGGUGGUGAACUCAGUGACACUAGACCUUGAAUUCUAACUGAACUUGUACAGAGAAUAUACUACAGAGACUAUCAACCAUGUAUGCUCAUUUAAAUUUUGCUGCAGAGUUAAAAAGAAAAAGAAAAAGAAAAAGAAAAAGAAAAAGGGACACUCCCACUGUAAAUUGAAAAAUGGUACGGAUGAUGGUUUCGUUAGCCCUUUAUGUGCAAGUAACGUGAACAGGGUCUCUGCCCUCUUUGUUGUGCAAUUAUGACUACAUUUGUUGCUGAAUGUUUUAGAAGAUGAAUACCCAAUUUGUGUUUUGUUA